AUCUGACUAAAGCUGCUGGAGUUGAGUGGCUGAGCUAAAGCCUACUGGACACUACCAGAGACCUGGAAGCGUACUGAGACGACAAGAAGUGGAAGCAAACAAACUAACGGUUUUGUACAAGGUCGUCACGAAGAAAUUGGAUAUUGGAUAUCGAACUUACCAACCGUACGACUGUAUCGUCACCGCGGCAACCUGUCUAUUUGUUGCGCCAUAGAUAAUGUCAGAAGUAGAAGAGACAUUUAAAAGAUUGUUGGCACACAAAGGAGUUAUUGGGGCAAUUAUUGUAAGCUCAGAUGGGAUCGCAGUAAGAACUUCCAUGGAUAACAGUACCACAAAUCAUUACUGUGGUCUUAUUCAACAGUUAGUAGCAAAAUCUCGUUCUGCCGUUCGUGAUUUAGAUCCAUCUAAUGAUUUAACAUUUCUGCGUAUACGAAGUACUCGAAAUGAAAUUAUGGUAGCACCAGAUCGUGAUUACAGUCUCAUCGUUAUACAAGAAACAAGUACAGAAUAAAAUGUUUUAUUGUUUAUAUGGUUCUAGAUCUUUGAACAAAACAAAUAAUAUUUAUGCUUAAUAACUAACGGUAACUUGACUUUAUGGUUUUCGGUGUUAUUAUUCGUUUUUUUUGUAACGACUGUUAUUAUCAUUCCGAAGAAUUAAUAAAAUGGUCGGCUAAUAGCGUCACAA